UUGCCGUGCAUCGUAGCUGACGAUCGCAAGGGCAUCUCACAUUGCGUUAGUUGUGUCCACGGGAGGGAAGUAUGAAGACGCCCAGGGCGAACGAACUCUCUCAAGACCGCGACAACCAAGGGCCUGAAAAGAAGAGACAAGAUGUGAAGCAAGCUUCAACCCCUCGUUCCAAGACGGGUUCUGAGGAGAUCCUCAAUUCCGGCAUCUCUGCUGAAGCUCAGGACUCUAGGACUCAGAGGUCUCCAUGGAUGAAUGAAAUGGAGGGUGUACACACAGGGAUGGAGGGAGUGCAAUCAGAAAUGGAGGGAGAACAACAAGAGAGGCGGAAUGAAGAGAUCCGAGAUGUACAAGGAGAGAUCAAAGAUGUACAAGGAGGGAUCGGAGAUGUACAAGGAAAGAUCGGAGAUGUACAAGGAAAGAUCGAAGGUGUACAAGGAGAGAUCAAAGAUGUACAAGGAAAGAUCGAAGGUGUACAAGGAGAGAUCAAAGAUGUACAAGGAAAGAUCGAAGGUGUACAAGGAAAGAUCGAGGGUGUACAAGGAGAGAUCAAAGAUGUACAAAAAGAGAUUACAGAUCUGUUGAAAAGGAUGCAAGGUCAAAAUGACCCAGCUCUUGUAAAGGACAAGACGCAGCUUGUAAAGGACAAGAAGCGGCUUGUAAAGGACAAGACGCAGCUUGUAGAGUACCAGCAGCUGCUUGUAGAGGACAAGAAGCGGCUUGUAGAGGACAAGAAGCGGCUUGAGGGGCUUAUUCCACGUCCUGUGCAACUUCGAGACAGCUUGUCAAGACCUGAAGUGGCAUGCUAAGUUUCUUGAAAGAGCUC